AUGAAGAAUUGCUCGACUUGUUUAGGCAAGCAGGGAGAAAGGCUCAUUCAAAGGACGCGGUCAUCAUUCGACACGUACACCAUCAUAGACAGGACUAUAUCAUGGAGGAGGACUAGCUGUGGCAUCUGUGGAGUCGAGUCACUUGCGACCAUGAGACGGGCAGCGCUUAUACCCAAACAAACAAAUCAAAUAUGA